UAUGCAUACUCUCCAAACUAUAAUUAUAAUUGAAAGUAGUGAUGAUUGGACAAAUGGUAUUUAAAAAUUGUGAAAUAUUUUAUAUCCAAGUUUGUGUAACAUGGGGUCAUUAUGAAGUAGUUUUUUAUAUUUAUUUUUUGAAAAAGAACAACGUUAUAAAUAUAAGAGGCCAAAUUGAACAGAUCACACACUCACAAAUAUCACAUUGUUUUUGAUAAACCAUUCUUAAAAUAAAGAUGAUGAAUAUUGAAGUUGAAGCAAUCUCUGUUGAGAUUAUCAAGCCAUCUUAUCCAACUCCUAAAAAUCUUGAGCAUUACAAACUGUCAUUACUUGACCAAUCAUCUCCCAUAUUCUAUGACCCAUUGGUGUUUUAUUACAAAAUGAAAAGUAGUACAACCAAUAUUGAUCCAGCCAACAUUCUAAAAAGGUCCUUAUCAGCCAUCUUAACACAUUACUACCCUUUAGCUGGACGACUCGAUAAGCAUGCACAACUCAUCCAUUGCAACGACGAAGGCGUUCCCUUUGUGAAAGCUCAAGUGAAUGGGCGACUUUCCCAAGUUUUGUCCAAUCCAAUAGCUCAAGAACUCGGCAUCUUUUGCCCUUUCAUGUCUCGUCACGAUGAAAGUGAUGAUGCUCAUCAAAUUCUAUUCGGGGUUCAACUUAACAUGUUCGAGUGUGGAGGAAUCGUAGUUGGUAUCAACUUUUCUGAUAAGAUUGCCGACGCUUUAUCAUGGAUGAGGUUUAUCAAAACUUGGGCGAUGAUGGCUCGAGAUGGAACCACCACCAUGUUACCAAAAUCGCUUCAACCUGAGUUUGUCUCGGCGACUUUGUUUCCUCCUACACCCCAAUCCUUGAUUGACAUAAAGACUGAUGUCAUGAAAAAGGGUGUCAUAUCAAAGAUUUUUGUUUUCAAUGGUUUCGCUAUUGAGGCCUUAAGAGCAAUGUAUUGGGACAAAGAAAAUAAUAUUCGACCUUCUCGUGUUGAGACUUUAUCUACUUUCAUAAUAAGUAGGUAUGAGGCCGCAGUGUCGAAAAUAACAAAGCCGAAAAAAGAAAGGGUUUAUACCAUUUUGCACACCGUGAAUCUUCAUCCAAGGAUGAAUCCACCCUUGGCUGAAAACUCAUUUGGAAACUUCUUAGUGUACGCAGGCACACAAAUUCCGGCCUCGAGUAUUAAUGGGGAAGCUUCCAUUACUAGUGGGCUUGUGAAGAAGAUAAGAGAAGGAGUUAAGAAGAUGAACAAAGAGUAUAUUCGUAAACUUCAAAUGGGAGAAGAGGAUGAAUUGAGUAAGAUCCAACAAAACUCAGAAAGUAUAGAGAAGAGGGGAGGUGAGGUGAUUGAAUUUCAGGUUACAAGUUUGAGUCGAUUCCAUUUUUAUGAAAUUGAUUUUGGUUGGGGUAAGCCUGAUUGGUCUAGCACAGGUGCUUGGAGUUUUGAUAAAAUCAUUGCUUUGUUUGACACAAGUGAUGGUGAUGGAAUUGAAGCUUAUGUUAACUUGAAUGAGGAAGACAUGGCCAAGUUUGAAGCUGAUGAAAUGCUUCGCAAAUUUAUCACUCCUAAUUAUUAUUAUUCUCGCCAUAAUAUCAACUCAAAUCUUUAAUAAUAUAAUAUAAAACGUCCCAACUAGUACGAAUAGACAAUCAAAAUAAAUUGUGGGGUUUUAUUUUAUUUUUA